CACAAUCCAAACAAAAUGUCAACCUACAAAAUUACUAUUGGUCAAUACCUCCUCAACCGUCUCAAGGAUAUUGGCAUCGACACCAUCUUUGGAUGUCCAGGAGACUACAAUAUGCCUUUUCUGGAUCUUAUUGAAGACGACGGUCAACUCACAUGGGCCAACGAUGCAAACGAAUUAAACGCUGCUUAUGCCGCAGAUGGCUAUGCGCGUAUCAAAGGAGCUGGUGCUGUUGUGACAACCUUUGGCGUAGGUGAAAUGUCGGCUGCUAAUGGUACAGCCGGAUCUUAUUCUGAAAUGGUUCCAGUUGUUCAUAUUGUCGGUACACCAAACACCAAGGCUCAAUCUAGCGGUGCUAUCUUGCAUCAUUCGCUUGGAAACGGAAACUUUAAUGUCUUUUUGGAAAUGUUUGCAAAGAUCACAGUCGCAAGCACCCAGCUAGACAAAAAGAAUGCCUUGUCAGAAAUUGACAAUGUAUUGAUUGCAAUGAUGCGUUCAAGAAGAGCAGCCUAUAUCGGACUACCCAUCGAUCUCGUCAAAUUUGAGAUUGAAUUGUCCGAACCAGUCAGCCCACUCGACACUUCUUUGCCCAAGAACCCCCGAAACACACAAAACGACUGUCUACAGGUCGUUCUGGAGGCCAUAAAGAAAGCAAAGAACCCUAUAAUUCUUGUCGAUGCAUGUGCUCUUCGCAACCAGCUCACGGGUGUUGUCAAGGAGCUCUGUGAAAAGUCCAAAUUCCCAACCUUUGUGUCGCCCAUGGGUAAAGGUGCAGUCGACGACACUGCAGACUAUUACCGAGGCUGCUACUGUGGGUCUGUUUCUUUAGCCGAGGUCCACAAGGAAGUCCAGGACUCGGACCUCAUUCUCGAAGUCGGUUCUGUCCAGUCUGAUUUCAACACCGGUGGCUUUACAUACAAGGUUGACAGAAGCAAGAUCAUCGCCUUCCACACCUUUGCCACCAAUGUCUACCGUGCCACUUAUGAAAAGGUCGGCAUGUCUGAGCUGCUUCCUUUGCUCAUCAAGGAACUUCCACAGUACCCAUCUCGUACCUACCCACCUGUUCCAAGACCUCAGGACAUCAAGCACGACAGCCAGGAAAUCACACACAACUACUUCUGGAACAAGGUUCCAGACUUCAUGGAUACCAAUGCAAUUGUCGUCGCAGAGACCGGAACAUCCGAGUUUGGUGUCUUUAACAUGAAUGCACCAAAGGGUGCUUCCUUUAUCACCCAAGUCCUCUGGGGAUCGAUUGGCUACUCAGUCGGUGCAGCUUAUGGUGCGGCCAUGGCUGACCGGUCUCGCCGUGUCUAUCUGUUUGUCGGCGACGGCUCGUUCCAGAUGACGGUCCAGGAAGUCUCGGCAAUGUUGCACCAGGGCCUCACACCUGUCAUUUUCCUGCUCAACAAUGACGGCUAUCUGAUCGAAAAGCUCAUCCACGGUCCUGACCGAGACUACAACAACUUCCAGAUGUGGAAGUAUGCCAAGACCCUGGACUACUUUGGUGCAGAUCUGCCUGUCAAUACCAGUAAGCCCAAGCAGUCAAAGGUUGGAGUUCAGGCCAAACUAUCGACAAGAAAGGAGUUUGAAGCCGCCAUGACACUGGUUUCCGAACAAAAGGAUCGUAUCCAUUUCUUGGAAAUCGUCAUGCCUCGAUUCGAUGCACCCAGGGAAUUGUUACUUCAGGUUGAGACAUCUGAUAACCGAUAAAGAUUCACCUUGUCGCUCUACCUUUUAUUAUUAGUAUUAUUAGUAUUAUUUUAGACAAUUCAUUGUACAGAGACUUUUUUACCUUUUUAACACCACACUACUAGUAGUAGUAGAAGUAGUAGUAAUAGUAGUAAUAAUAAUGAUAUCAUUAUCAAUAUUAAUAAUACAAUAAUAAUAAUAUUUUUGUUGUUAAUAAAUUAUGUACACUAUCUCUAUAU